GUACUAUCAAAUACCAGUUGUAUUGUGUUUUUAAAUGUGUCAUUUUGUUAUGCUAGGCUACCAAAAAGUUCAACAAUUAAACGUUUCCUUAAACGUGAUUUCAAAUCAACAAGUUCCAGAACCCAGUAGCAUGUGUAGGCAGAGAUGGAGCAGCAGUGGGUGGAUGGGUGUGUGCGUGAUGUGAUGUGUGUGUGUCAGUGUUGAAAUGGUUAAAUGAGCGGCGUCUCCACCCGAAGCUGACCAGACGCUGACGGCUGCAGGUGAUAGUUCACUCCGCAGACCACCAGAAGCACGAGAGAACCGGGGCGGUGUCUGGUCAUACAGCUGCUAAUGAAGUCUGCAGGUGUCUUCUUUUUUAACACGGAGAUCUUUCGUUUGCAUCUGUAACUGACAGAAAACAAUCACAUCGCCGCUGUCGAGAGAAGUGCGCAAGCGCGUGCGCUGCGAAAACAGGGAAUUUCGAGAUUCUGGAAGGAUUUUUGCAUCGCUAGGAGAAUUUAAAGAGAGGAACCUUGUCGGCUUGAUUGUAAAUUCGAUCUGAGACGUCCUAUUCCUAAUUUCGGAAUCGUUUCUCUUCAGAUUUAAGCUUUCGCCUCGCCGUUAUCGAUCAUGGCAUGGCCCUGUAUCACCAGGGCUUGCUGCAUCAACCGCUUCUGGAGCGAGCUGGACAAAGGUGACAUUGCAGUGCCUUUGGUUUUCACCAAAUAUUCAGAUGUGGCCGAGGUGCAACAUCUGCACCCCCAGCCCAAACCGGUAUUGUCACAGAAGCCGGUGGCCACGGAAUCUCAUCUUGCUCAUAGCGCCCAUCAAGAGGCGUCGAGCAGAGCGACUCAUGGCGCCGCGGAUGCCGCCGCAGCAGCAUCUCAAGACGGCUCCGGUGCGUCGGUGAUGCGCGAGGAUUUCAAAGCCUGGAGCGUCCGUCCAGAGCGCAGCUGCAAACCCAGAAACCAGUAUCAGCCAUCAAAGACACCCUUCAUCAACGAGACCCAGUAUCAGAAAGAUUACAAACCCUGGCCCAUUCCGAAAAAAGGAGAUCAUCCGUGGAUCCCCAAACCCACUGCUGCUGCUGCGCCCUGCAAGGCUGAGAGCAAGUUCUCCAAACACGAGCAGGCCGCUGCUGAGAUGGAAACCGGCGUGGAGAAAUGUGAGAUUGAGGAAAAGCAGCACGAGAAAGAGAGUAAAGAGAGGAGAAAGAAGGUGGAGAAGAAAGAGCCCGUGUCUGAGGCCAGCAAAAUGGAGAAGGAUGUUGCGGUGGAGGGAAAGAGGAGGUCCGCUGCAGAUGCUCUUAACCGGCAGAUCAAGCAGGAGGUCACUUCUGGAAGCUCAUAUAGGACGGAGUUUAAGGCUUACAGAGACAUCAAGCCAGUGAAACCCAUUAAAGCAAAAUCUCAGUACAAACUCCUAGUGGGGGAAAAGACCAACCUGGAGACAAGUUAUAGUGCCACCUUUAAAGGAGAACAGGCCAAACCUCAGACCACAGACAACAAGCUGAUGGAACACCGCCGGAUACGGAGCCUGUACAGCGAACCGAGCAAAGAGUCCAGCAAGGUGGAGAGGCAUAAUUUAUCACUUACCAAGCCAAAAAAGACACCAAGCCAUAGCAAAACAGUGAAAAAAGCAAAGGAGAAGCCUGUCGCUGGGAGCCAACCUGCCAAGAAGAAAACCUCAGUGAGCAACCAGGAGCCAAAGCCAGAGGGAGGCGUCACCAAGAAGAGCAAAGAAAUGAUCAACAGACUAGCUGAGGCAAAAGAUUAAGUGCACUUUUGUGUUUCUUUUCUGUCUUUUAUUUUUGGGCAGAGGGGUUGAGGAGGCUAUAAUACAGAAUAGAGGACUCUCAUCCCCUUGUUCAUGACCUUAAUCUAAUGGCCUGACUCUGAUGGUGUCUUUACCUAUGUAUUGUAGUGGAUCAAGGCUUGUCUGCUUGAUUUGUCUUGACUUGUCUGGUCUAUUCUGAAUCUAUCUUUGCUUUCGCCCCGCGUCUGCUCCCUUUUCCAUACACAUCAAUAGCUUUUCUCUGUGGCAAAGAUGAUUCACCCAUUCCCUAAUGCAUGCGGCCCCUGAACAAAUGGCCUUAUUAUAUGAAAUAAGGUUUUUUCUUUCUUCUGCAUUGGAAGAUAGUUAUUGCAGACAAGAUCGGUUGUUUUCUUUCGUCAAGCAAUCUCAUUUAAUGUGACUUUGAAGUAUAUGGAUCACUUGAGUUACCAUUGUCGCCAUGAGACAUCUAAAGAUAAACAAUAUAUACAGUAUAUAUAAAAUUCUGACUACACUGAAUAUGGCGCAUUGUGAACAAAAAACCUUCUUGUUUUGGUUAUGACACAAAUCUGAUGAAAAUUAUUUGGUGCUUUAUCAUAUCCAGUAUUGACCGAUGCUUCUGUGGCGCGAACGACAAUGGUCACGUUUGGUGUUAGGCCCAAAUAUAGAGUUUAGUGCAGUGUUUCCAAACUCUUUUCCUGGAAGUACACCAACUUUGCAUAUUUUGGAUGUCUCCCUUAUCUCUGAUCCAUUAAUUUCAGGUUUUGGAAUAUUUUCUUGUUCUGAUAAGUUUAUUCAGGUGUGUUUGAUUAGGGAGAAAAUGGGUACUGUUGGUGUGCCUUUAGUAACAGGGUUGGGAAACAUGGGUUUAGUGAACAUGUGCAAUUAAAUUCACAGCCUUUAAAUUGAUAUCCCAUUUGAUAUUGUGGGAACAUAUGUCUAGAAAGAUUCAGUCUGUGCAUACUCUCUAAAUUAUGAGCAAUAAAAAUGUGUUUAGGAUCAUAUAAAGUAGAAAAGCACAUAUUAAAUCCUCUACAAAGGAGCUAAUGUUGCUUUUGCUGUCUUCAGUAGUUUGUUGUUGUAUUAGCCACACCUCAUUAAUAUACAGUGCUCAGCAAAUAUGAGUACAGU